CACAGAUCUCCUCCAACACACAGUGUAGCCAUGCCGAGCCCAGCCAAAAUACUGAAGGUGAGCGUGGAGAGCACGAAGAUCGUCAAGCCCAAGUACGCAGGCAAUCUUCCACCCACCACUCCCCAUGUCCUCCUGAGCGUAUUCGAUAAAGUAACCUACGACGUGCACGUAGCAAUCAUCUACGCCUUCCGUGCACCAACUCCCCCCAAUUCUGUCAUGCAGAAUGGCCUCGCCAGGGCGCUCUCUGAGUACCGGGAGUUCGCCGGAAGGCUCGGGGAGGACGCCGAAGGUAACCCUGUCAUUCUCCUCAACGACGAGGGCGCGCGAUUCGUCGAGGCAUUGGUGGAUUCCACUCUGGACCAGGCGCUGCCCUUCAAGCCCUCGUCGGCACUGCUAAGCCUGCACCCUGAGUUGCAUGGCGUGGCGGAGCUCCUCCAGAUCCAGUUCACGCGGUUCGCAUGCGGCUCUCUCGUGGUGGGGUUCACCUGGCACCACCGUGUCGCCGAUGCCCAUGCCACCAGCAAUUUCUUGAUCGCAUGGAGCCUCGCAACGCGGGGCCUUGACUUUAGCCUCGCCGUGCACGACCGGUGCACGUUCUUCACCCCUCGUGUGCCGCCUCUGCUGGAGUUCGAGCACCGAGGGGUGGAGUUCGCACCCAAGAACCAGUUUGGAGCUCCAAAGGCUGAUCCUCUCAAUGACAACAUAGUCGUCCACAAGGCUCACUUCACGAAGGAAUUCCUGACCAAGCUCAAGGCCCGGGCUUCGGCGGGGGCCAGCAAGCCUUACAGCACCUUCGAGAGCCUCAUGGCUCACCUGUGGAGGGUGGUCACCAAGGCUCGUAGGCUCCACGAAACCGAGACCACCCACGUCCGGAUCUCGGUGGACGGGCGGAGGAGGAUUAACCCACGCCUGCCCGACGACUACUUCGGUAACGUUGUGUUAUGGGCAUUCCCCCGCGCUAAGGUGCGGGAGCUCGUGGACAGCCCGUUGCAGUAUGCGGCCGAGCUCAUCCACGGCGCCGUCGGGAGAGUGAACGACGCCUAUUUCAGGUCGUUUAUAGACUUGGCAAGCUCGGGGGUGGUGAAGAAGGAGGAGCUGGUGCCGACGGCCGACGCGGACAAGUGGGUGUUGUGCCCUAACGUGGACGUGGAUAGUUGGCUGAGGCUGCCCUUCUAUGAUCUCGACUUUGGUGGAGGAAGUCCAUUCUAUUUUAUGCCAUCCUUCCUUCCCGUCGAGGGACUGAUAUUCCUUGUUCCUUCCUUCAUAGAUGGAAGUAUUGAGGCCUAUGUUGCCUUAUUCGACUACAACCAAGCCUCCUUCAAACAAAUGUGUUACUCUCUAGACUAACCAGCAACCGCUGCUGAUAUCUGCAAUAAAAAUAAUCAUGUGGUAACACAAAUAAUUUGCUACGAAGCAUGAUUUGUUACUAUUAAGUAUAAUAAAGUAAUGAAAUAAAAAGUUUGGUGUCGAAUAUCUCUUCAGUAAUAUUUUUGAUAAUAAAAAAAUAUUUUGUUGCUGGUUAUUGUCA